AACACGUGUUUUAAAUUUUUUGAGUCCUUGAAUUUGUUUGUCCGUAUCUCCGUUUCAUACUAACACCAUUGUUUGAAGAUAGACAGGAUGUGAAUUCCACAGCAGGACUGUUUCUAAGGAAGUCUUGACCACAUUCUGACAUUCUUUCCAUAUAAACGUGCCCUCUUUACUUGAAAUUAUUAGUUCACGUUUUAUAUAGUCGUCAGAAUUCUCUCCAAAAUGGCAGAGACAGCUGAUAGUCGAACGCUGGUAGUAGAGGAAUUCACGUUUCAUCGUUUAACAUUUAAUACAGACGAACAUGAGGAAAUAGGGAAGAGAUUGACAAUUGGGAUGGGAAAAAAUCUUACUCUUCCAAAUGGAGUUCGUCUUCAGUUUGCAUAUAUCGUUGCUCUUGCUGGAGACUUUUAUGGCAUACCUAAAGAACCGAUUGUAAAUCCCUUGGUAAACCCUAACCAAUCUGCGGAUAGUUUACAAAGAUUCAAGAAUGCUUAUUCAACUUUGGCGAAUACUCCACACACGGGAAAGUUUAAGGAACGAUUAGAAGAAUUGGUUGAAAUGAUCAGGCAGGAAACGGAUGGACCGAAUCUACACUGUCAUCACAGCAACCAAGCAUGGGACGAAGCUUCCGGCGGAUGGUGGAUUGGUGGAAUUCCCAUAUGGCCUGGCAAUAUGUUGAAACUUGCACACAAAAAUUUUGAUCACUUUGGAUCCCGUGCUAAAAGAGCUUAUGAAACAGGACAUGGAUAUGCCAUUGAGAAAGCGCGGGAAGCAGGUCGCUCAAUGGGAAGAGAUCGAGAAAAGCUGCGCGAUAUGGCCUAUUCAAUUGAGGCAUUUGCCCUUCAUUUCUUUACUGAUGCAUUUGCAAGUGGACAUAUUAGAACACCGAGAGCAGAACUUCAAUUUAACGUCACACCAAGUUUGAUAGGAGAUCUUUUGUCGAAAUUCAUGCAUGAUGAAGAUAACAAGUUUGGUCUUCGUGUUACCAACCUACGUGGAGAUACGUGGAUUGCUUAUGGGGAUGGAAUGCUGAUUCAAAAAAAUGACAAGGAUAAUUUCAACUUUGUGGCGGAAGCUGCCCAGACAUCAGUGGACCAGGUAUUCAUGGCUUACCAAGAUCCCGAUAUAAAACUUGAUCCAUGUGAAGUCACUGACUUCUUGCCUUUUUUGGAUGAAGAAGAAAAAAAUAAUACGCCACUGUUUCAAAUCAAAGAUGGUGAAUUACAUCGUAGAUCAGAUAUCAAUGAUCUUCAGUGUAAAGAAACUACUACGGACUGGUGGGGAAGCACAACUGCUUGGGAGUUGUGGAGGUACAAACCAAAGAAUCCAGCGAUACCUUUGAUAUAAACAAUCUGUCGAAAGUCCUCCAAUGUGUCAUCUACCAGUGGCGUAGCCAUGGGGGGGGAAUGGGGGGGUCUGGACCCCCCCACUUUUGUUAAAGAUCAAUAUUGUAAUUCUUCCAAAAUUGAAAAGAAACUAGGGGGGGGGGGCAAGUUGCGAAUAUUUUUAAAGAAACCACCUGUUGAAAUAGAAAUAAUUGUGUAUAUAUGCGUUCACAGGCUAACCCCUACGUUAUAUACAGUUUAGUUUCAUGCAAUUUCAGUAUAGCACUUUUACUGCUUUUACGUAUUUUUAUGCAAAAUGACGUGAAGUAUACGGCAAUUUUCUCUGCAACGCAGGCUCAGAAUGCGAAGUGAAUAUGUAAACAGCAGUACGUACGGUAGGAAGCUAGUAUAUACUUAAUACUUUAUGAAUAAUUAAAUACUAUUCUG